CUAUAUAAGAAUAACCAAAGACAUCUAGUUUCUAGCAUUGUUAUUUGUUUUAUGAUUUAUCAAUCAACAAGGUUAUAAGUUAUUAUUUCGCAGUUUUGAACAUCGGUUUCAUCAUACAUAUUUAUCAUCGUUUAUCAGAGAUCUUUGGUCGAACAGCUUAUAUUCAUCCCAUCCGUUACUGGCAGACUUAUAGAUUGUUAAUGAGAAGGGAGGGUGGUAUAGAGACCUAAAGGCAACGGCGGCGUCUGGCGAGUGCAUCUGUUUCCAUCCAUCCUAUUAGAAAAUUCAUGGGGAAAACCUUACUUCUGUCUGCCGAGCUUUACAAACCAUUCGCAAAGUUCCAACGGUUCAACUCGGGCCUAGAGAGCCUUCUUGAUAUGCCAAAGGAAUCAAUAUCGGUGAUCCAAAGAAAACUCUGCAUCCAACCAUCAAGCAUCAAAGAAUCAGUACAGAAACAUUCCAGUAGUUGUAGUUGCACUCGUCGUCAUUCACCAAAUCUAAUACCUAGGUUACCCGAUGACUUAGUAAUGGCAUGCCUAAUCCGUGUUCCGCGCAUGGAGCAUAGAAAGCUGAGGUUAGUCUGUAAAGCAUGGAAUAAAUUAUCAGCGGAAGAUGACUUUUUUUACACUCUCCGUGAGAAACUUGGGUUUGCGGAAGAAUGGAUUUACGUGAUUAAGAGGAAAAGAAAAGACAGUAGUAUGCUUUCGACCCAAUUAACAGACUUUGGCUACCACUCCCUCCUCUACCAAAGGAAUGCAAGGAAUAUACUCACCAAAAUAUUAAUUGUCAGGUUCUUAAUGGUGGUGAUCUAUAUUUGUGUGGGUUCCAGUAUGAAUGUAGUCGGGGACACGUAAUAUUUUACAGUGUUCGGACAAAUAAGUGGCAUCGAGCCCCAGAUAUGCUCCAACCACGUAUUAGGUUUCACUCCUGUGUUAUAAACAAUCGCUUAUAUGUCUGGUGGUGGGCUGGUUGAGCGACGCAAGUUAGUUCAUCUUAAAUCAGCAGAGGUUUAUGUUCCUAUCAAGAACAAGUGGUCUUUUGUUGCAGAUAUGACAAGGUGUUUGGAACUCGUAGAUGGUUAUGUAUACAAUGGAAUGUGGUUUGUUAAAGGAUUUUUCGGGAAAUGUAUUGUGCAUCAAGUUUACGACCCUGUAACAGAUGAAUGGCUUAAAAUCGACAAUGAUAUCGUAGCACCAAGGAGAAUAUACCCAAAAAUCACCAUUGACGGGAAUCUCUACACAAGCGGUUGCGAGGAUGGAUGCAAGUUUGACCUGUAUGAUGCAGCCACUGAUACUUGGGUACCUAGUAACAUUGACUGCUCAAAAAGUUGCAUUUGGGACCGAAACGCUAUAGAUACUUGCAAGUGCGAAGAAUAUUACCUCUAAACAAGGGGAAGCUCAUAUGUAUAAUUCGUGAUGAUAUGAGCAUUUCCGUGGUAGAUAUCUCAAAAGAUCAGUAUGAUGAUUCUGGAAGAAGGCAGUUUGAAGCAUAUCAUCUUUGGGAAGUAAAGAAGACGUUUGAGCUUGUAUGGGAGCAAUUCUGCCUUUGCUGUUAUAAUUAUUUGACAGAAACUGAAAAUUAUUUUAUCCCUCAUUCGCAGAUUCUUCGAGCUUAAUUGAAAAAGCGCAAUAACCUGUGGAACCAAGAGGACAGCCAAGGGAUGGAGGUCGCAUACAUACUGACCUAGGAGGCAGUACAUAUGACCUCCUGCCUGCAAUGUUUUUAUCCCCAAGUCGUUCAGUAAGAGUUAGAAUAUGAAGCUGACGAUUUUGAACUCAGGUGGUUGGUAUUCUACUAGAUGUAAAGAGGCAAUGGCACCAUCUUACAAUAUUAUGACCUAUUUAUAUUUACCAAAUUUUAUUGAUAUUCCUGAAAAUGAAGGGUAUUUUGCAAUUCCCUAAACUCUUUAUCUAUAGUACUAUAGUAGUACUAAGUUCAGUAUUUUAUUUCAGUGGUUAAUAAAUAAUG